AUGAAAGCCAUCGCCAUGCACGGCAACGAAGCCGUUGUCGAAAAGGACCGGCCCCUUCCCAAACUACGCGACGACUACGUCCUGGUCAAAACCGUUGCCGUGGCUCUCAACCCCGCAGACUGGAAGCACGUUGCCUUCGGUUUCGCAGCCCCCGACGGUCUGCUUGGCUGCGAUUUUUCCGGCAUCGUCGAACAAGUCGGGCCCGCAGUAACCAAGGCCUGGAGCAAGGGAGACCGAAUCUGCGGCGUUGCGCAUGGCGGUAAUUUCGUGCAGCCCGAAGAUGGUGCUUUUGCCGAAUACAUUGUCGCGAAGGGUGAUGUGCAGAUGAAAAUCCCCGAUGGCAUGAGCUUUGAACAAGCCGCUACGAUCUCUUUGGGUGCCGCGACUGUGGGACAGGGCUUGUAUCAGCAGGCUCUCAAGCUCAAUUUGCCUACGGAUCCGGUGAAAUCUAAAAAUUAUGUUCUUAUCUACGGUGGAAGUUCCGCUACCGGUGCUUUGGGCGUGCAGUAUGCAAAGUUAUCAGGCUACGCUGUGCUCUCCACCUGCUCACCCCGGAACUUCGAGUACGUCAAAAGUCUCGGCGCUGACGCGGUUUUCGACUAUCACGAUGCCUCCGCUCCGGCCACCAUCCGCUCGUAUACAUCCAACACCCUAACUCUCGCCUGGGACACGAUCAGUGUGAAAGAAUCCGCACAGUUUUGCGCCGACGCCUUGUCGUCAGAUUCCAAAGAUUGUCUAUACGGGGCAAUUGUGCCGAUGAAAUGUCCCCGCGACGACGUCAAAAGCACGGUGACAAUCAUGUACAGUAUCUUCGGGGAGGAAUUUAAGAUGGGUCCCAACACGAUUCCUGCGAUCUCAGCGGAUUACGAGUUUGCGAAGAUGUUUAUGUCGAUGACAGAGAAGCUGUUGGCGGAGGGCAAGUUGAAGCCGCAUAAGGAGAAAGUCGGCAAGGGUGGAUUGGAGGGCGUACUGAAGGGGCUGGAGGAUCUGAAAACGGAGAAGGUCUCCGGGGAGAAGCUAGUGUAUUUGGUUGAUGAGACCCCGUGA